AUUGACGCAAUGCCCGUGACGUCACCGUCCCGAGGAGGCAUGCAGAGUGGCGGAGGUGUCAGCCUAGGCGGCCAGAGCUGCCUCGCGGAGGAGAUCGGGUCCCCGUACACGCUGGCCAUUUCUCCGGGCGCUCUCUCGCGGCCGCAGUGCUCUCUACCGCGACAGCAACGGGCCAAUCAUGUGGACGUGGACAGCGGACUCGAGGGCAAGAAAUCCAUGGCCAACACCACUCUGCCGGCCAACACGGGAACGGGACCCUCGGAGAUGCCCUUUUCGGGGACUGCGGAAGUGCCAAGCGAGGAGCACCCACUAGGGGAACAGAGCGCCCAACCGGCGCUCGAGGCACUGGCGACCAUGGCGUCGGCUUGCCUGGUCAUCAGCCUGCCCACACUGUUGUGGCGCCCUGCCGUACCAGCGCACAGACCUCGCCGCAGCGUCUGCCUGACGCGGGCUUGCGUGGCUCUCAACGACAUGUUGGUGGCCGCGUCCAACGCCAGCGUCGACCCCUGCGUCAACCUCUACGAGCACGUGUGCGGCGGCGGGAGCGAGUCGGCCUCCGUGUAUGAGAAGCCUCUGAGCCUCCUUGUCGACGAGCAACCUGCAAAACCUGGCUCUUCUGGCGAGCGAAUCAAGAACCUUGUGGUGGACGUGAAGCAGCUCUGUCAUGCCGAUGACUACGAAGACGACGAACGAGCGUUUGGGGACGUCCCCGCAGCGAAGCGUACCAAGCAGGUGGACUCGUUCACAGCCAUGCAGUGUGACAACGAAAGUGAGGAUGAAGAAGACGUGCAGGACGAGGACGAUGAUUACGAUGACGAUUCAGCUGACCUGGAAAUUUUUAAUGCCGAGGAGAACGACCACCGAUUGUAUUACAAGGAGGAUGAGCAAUCAGACGAGGCCAGUACAAGCAGGAGCGCCUGGCGAGCCCAGUCAGCCAUCAGGUGCAAGACCAAUGACGCCGAGGAUCUCAGGCUGGAAGAUUACGUGCCCGACCAAUACAUUGGCAGUCACAGAAAGAGGUACAGCUCCAGCCUGGCGAUUACGAUCACUCACUCGCCACGAUCUGUCGACAUCACUGAACUCUCUGGCGACAUCAUCAAGCUCGUCUUCAAGGGGAAGAAAUUUGAAAAUUCGGAACAUCCCGAGGUUCGCCCUCUUCACGGCCAAGGGCACACUCGAAGGCCUUCGUGCGCUAUGUCGACCCAGAGACGGCUGCAGUCAACCUGAAGAUCAUCGAGAAGGCGGUCGGCAAGGGGAAGGUCGUGCGAGUCGAGCAGUGCACCACGCGCAAGCAGGCCACCAUCGGGAACAUGCUAAACCUUUGCCGGAUUGCCAUUAAUGGCACCGUGGCCCGUCUGAAACAGCAGCUCCCUGGCUCUCGCGUGCACGUAUCGCGUGCGUGCACUGGGCUCCUACUCUACAGAGGACCUCAAGCGAGCCCAUCGAAGGUCCGGAUGUCACACCAUAGACAGUCAUCCUAUCCGACUGAGCCUUCUUCUUUGUUCUUUAUUUUUUCGCGAGCAAUUUAUUUUCUAUUAACAAGAAGCCGUACAUAAAAUCUAAACGGCGGUAUGGAUUUUUA